AUGUCUAGCGCUCUCAUAUCAAAUCCUACUAACUCUCCUACUAGUAGCCGUCUUGUCGAUUAUCGGAAGAUUCUAUCUCAGAAUAUUCGAGUCAACAAUACCGGUGAUUCGGAUUUUCCUCCGGGUCGUCAGCGCACUCGUGCUCAAACUGCUGCUUAUCUACUCAGUACCCGUAAAGAACUGCCUGAUAUCGAUAAUGAAGCGAUGAACCGCAUGCGCGCGGUUCAGAAUUUUUACGAAAACCCGGCAAUCAUGAUGGACGACCAGCCGAUAGAACUCACCGCCCAAUGCUACAACCAUGACAAGACUGACUCACUGGCAGGACUCAAAAAAAUUGAGUUUAGAGUUCUGUUACACACCACAGAUAGCAGCCGAUGUACCACAUACGUGGACAGGCUAUUCUCUGAAUCAGACUUUCGGGUCGACAUCUUCGACGCUGUAAGUGCUACAAUGGACGUUCCGAAGAUGUAUCAGCACUUGGGAUGGCGGUUGUCUACCGCCCGCCGCUCGGACCCGCCCCACCGCCUUUUGACUCCGGAUGACAUUGAUAGUGCUUUUAAAGCUGCUAGAGCAGAGCAGAGCUCUGGGAGGGGGAAGAAGAAAGUUGUGAUCGAUAUCCUCAAUACGUCAGCCACAUUCGAGUCAUCUGCUGGCGAGGAGAGCCUGCCAUCACUUUUACCGUACACGAAAGAGUUGAAGAAUGUAAAGAAUAAGCUGCUCUGCUCCGAGCAUGGAGAUAACACCUUUUGUUGGGUUGAUGCAACACAGCCAACUACUCUGCAUUAUCCGCUUUGCACACAAGACUUGCAAGAGUGGGCUAAGUAUUUACAUGAUACUCACGAUCCUGACAACCCGUGCAUCACUCCGCCCAAGUCUCUCUAUUUCGACGAAAUUCGAAAGACACGCAAGGAACGAUCUACCAUAACCUCGUCACUCCAGAGGGUGCCCACCAAGCUCGUCUCACCUGUUAUCCACAAUCAUAUCCAUCUCGCGCCUGCUGCUGAUGACACGACGAUCUCCGACGGAGCACUUACCAGACAACAAGGAAAUGGUGCCGCCAUGCCUUCUCGGCCAUUGAAGAGGACAUACGCCCUUUACAUGGAAAGUGAUGAAGAAUCAGAUGAUGACGAACCGCCCCAAUCUAUCGAGGACGUCCUUGCGAGUAUCCAUUCUCGCUACCCUGCGCUCAAUUUUCCUGAGUAUAUCGGGAAAAUGAAAGAUCAUGGUAUAUUUUAUUUGCCCACUGCAGCUCACUUCGAUAUCAUAUUCUAUGAGGAGAAUAUUGGUAUGACAGCAGGUGCUGCGUAUACUUUCCAGAUGUGUGUUUCCCGAGCUUAUAUGCAGGCGGAACAUUUGAAGGGGAGGAGCAAGGCCAAAGGGAAGAAGAAAGCGUGA